GUCGCUAGGAAACUGGCCAGCUCGACGCGAGGGGAGGAGCUUCUGGCCUCUGUGUUGCGAGAGGCAGGUGAGGCAGGGAAGCCGAGAGAGAGUCGCCAGCUGCAAAGGAAGGCAAGUCAUCCAAGCAAAGGGUCCUUCUCUGAGAACCCCCAGGCCCCUGCAGCGCCAACCGCAGAGGACAAAGCUGCCAUCGUCAUCCAGUGUGCCUUCCGGCAAUAUCUGGCGCGAAGGGAGCUGGCCCGUCGUUGGCAGAAGCGUCAGGAGUACCUGGACGAGAUGGAGAAGCUGCAGAAAGAGGCCUACCUGGCCUUAGUGCGCCAGGAGCAGGAGGCGGCGCGGCGGCAGCGCGAGAAGGAGGAGGCAGAGGAGCGCGCCCGGCGGGAGGAGCUGCAGCGCCGCCGUCGCCUGCUAGAGGCCGCCUUCGAAGGGGACCUUGGGGAGAUCCGCCAGGUGCUCAAGGAGGUGGAGCAGCUGAUGACCAGCGAAGGCGUGGGCUACGACGAGGACGGCAAGGCUCGGCGACUGCAGAGGCGCGUGGCCACCGUGGAGUGCGAGGACAGCCACGGGAACACGCCUCUCUCCGAGGCGGCGGCGGGCGGGCAGACCAUGGCCAUCCAGCUGCUGGCGGAGUUGGGUGCCAACCCCAACACCAAGGGCGCCUUCGGCCGCACGCCACUCUACCGGGCAGCUUUUGGGGGUCACCUAGAAGCCGUGGAGGAGCUUCUGAAGAUUGGAGCAGACCCCCGGGUGUACGCGGAUGAUGGGAGCACCCCGGAGCAGGUGGCCUCCCUGGCCGCGGUGGCCAGCGUGCUGCAGUCAUGGGACCUGAGCCUCACAGAAGCUAUGCUCAAGAACAUGGAGGCAGAGCAGCAGCGCCGUGCUCAGGAGGCCCAGAAGCACAAGGAGAAUGAGGCCAAGCGCAUCAACAUCAAGGUGCAGCAGCUGGCUAAGGAGCAGCAGAAGUGUCAAAAGGAGCUCCAGCAGGCCUACUGUGAGCUCAAUCGGAGGAUUGUGGAACACGACAAGUGUGAGAGGAAGCUCAUGGGAAAUACUGAACUCACACUACAGGCCAUCAAGGAUGCAGAGGUCCAAGUGGACAGAUUGCAGCAAGAGGCACAGAAGGCUGAGGAGACACUGGCCAUGGCCAGGCUGGAGCUGCGGGAACAGACCCCGGAGGACGAGGAUACAGAACCUGGGCUCAAGUGCCGGGUCACAGAGCUCCAUGACGUGCUGAUGAAGGAUGUAGGGGACCGCAUCCGAGCCGAUGGACGGUGGCCUCUUGUCAUCGACCCUUCUGGCCAGGCAGCCACUUUCUUGAGAUACCAGGACACCAACUAUGUGGACACCCUAAAUCCGGAGCACUUGAGACCUGAGAGGAUUCGGCUGGCUCUCCUGGGGGCACUCAGGUACGGGAAGCCACUGGUAUUUGACCUGCGUCAAGUGAACCUGUUCCCAGUAGUACAGCAACAGCUGGAGGUCGUGCAGACUGGCCUGGCGCAGGCCCUGUUGAAUCGUGGGCUGCUGGCAAAGGAAGGGUAUCUGUCACUGCUUCGGCCAACAGACGGACCUGAGUAUGACCCCUCCCAGUUCCAAGAGGCUCGCCUAGAGAACUUCCGCCUCUUCUUUGUCACCCAAGUUAAGUGGCCCCCAGCUGACCAGCUGCAGACCCUGCUCCCAGUGCGUGUGCAGAUGCCCAGUGGAAGGUUCUAGUCACACCCCAAUAAAGCGUGU